AAAGAUGCAUAUUUUAGUACCUUUUCCUGUUCCUUGGGAGUAAUUUUUCUUGUUCCCAGGGAGUUCUUACCAGAAUAGCUGCACUCAGAAAUACCUUCACGCCAACAGCAAGCUCACAGGAGUUUGAACCAAUUCCCAUUACGGUUAUAGAAGUAUUUGUAUUGUCUACAGUUAAUUUUGGGUCAGGCCUCUCCUUCUGAAUAAACCUGUUAGAAGACCAGACCUACUCUCUAAGUGACUACAGCCCUUACAGCAAAUCAGCAGUUUGUGGAGCUACGUGGAAAUCUACCCAAUCUCUCUCUUUCCUGGCUUCACAAGUGGGAGCUGUUGAUACCUGCACGGUUCCUGGUACAAGGCAGAGCAGAAGAGCACAGUAAGUUAAUCCGCAAGCCAUUCAGAAACGUCUAGGACAGAGGCAGUGACACCAGGGAAUCAUAUGUCUGCACUGAACGUCUAGUAAAUUGUUUACUUGGAGGGUUGAUGAGCAACGUGCAAAUGAACCUCUGAAGCAACUACUUGUCAGAUAUUUACCCCUUCUGCAGUCUGUCACAUGAAGCUGCUGUAUUCUAGGAUGCAUCACAGAUGGAAGAUCUUGUCUCCACAACAACAAUGUUCUGAGCAAAUUAUGACAUCGACAUCUAAAGGAAUUUUCCGGCCAUUUUUUAUUAUCUUCAUUAUCCUUGGUUGUUUCAUGGCAUUUAUAUUAAUUUAUAUCAAACCAACAAAUAGCUGGAUUUCUGGUCCUAUAGAAUCAGCCAGUUCAGUGUUGAAGAUGAAGAACUUCUUUUCUUCCAAAACUGAUAAUCUCAAUGAAACUACUGUUUUGAUCUGGGUUUGGCCUUUUGGUCAGACAUUCGAUCUAACAUCCUGCCAAACUAUGUUCAAUAUCCCUGGGUGCCAUCUGACUAUUGACCGCUCGCUGUAUAACAGAUCCCAUGCUGUUCUCAUUCAUCACAGAGACAUUAGCUGGGAUCUGGCUAAUUUACCUCAGCAAGCCAGACCACCCUUCCAGAAGUGGAUUUGGAUGAACUUGGAGUCUCCAACUCAUACUCCACAAAAGAGUGGCAUUGAACACCUUUUUAACCUGACCCUGACUUACCGGCGUGAUUCAGAUAUCCAGGUGCCUUAUGGCUUCAUGAUGGUUGGUACGAGUUCCUUCGCAUUUGAAGUACCAAGUAAGGAAAACUUGGUCUGUUGGGUUGUAAGUAACUGGAAUCCUGAGCACGCUCGAGUCAAGUAUUACAACGAGCUCAGCAAAUACAUUGAAAUCCACACCUACGGACAAGCCUUCGGAGACUACGUCAACGACAAAAACUUGAUUCCUACUAUCUCCACGUGCAAAUUCUACCUUUCCUUUGAAAAUUCAAUCCACAAAGAUUACAUUACUGAGAAACUUUACAAUGCUCUUCUGGCUGGAUCAGUACCCGUUGUACUGGGCCCUUCCAGAGAAAAUUAUGAGAAUUACAUUCCAGCAGACUCUUUCAUACAUGUGGAAGAUUUUCUCUCCCCCAGAGAGCUGGCAGAAUAUCUUCUGAUGCUUGACAAAAAUAACAAGAUGUAUCUUAGUUAUUUCAACUGGAAGAAGGAUUUUUCAGUGCAUCUUCCUAGGUUCUGGGAAUCACAUGCAUGUCUUGCUUGUGAUCAUGUGAAAAGACACCAGGAAUACAAGUCCAUUGGAAAUCUCGAAAAAUGGUUUUGGAAUUAAUUUGUGUGUGUGUGUGUGUGCGCGCGUGCACUUUUUUGAAGAAGCCAGAAAGGACUUCAGUCCAAGUGGAGAGGAAAGGAAAAGAAGAAAAAAGGAAGGAAAAGAGAAUCUCAUGUCAUGGUUUAUCAGCUAUUUUCUCCUGGCUAUCCUAUUUAUAUUUUGUAAGAGAUUUUAAAAGAUCAGCAGCAGCAGUCAUCAGUACUCAGUUUCAAAUUAUAAUAGAGGUACUAAUUAUGUGCACUGAAGAAUAUUUGAUUGCUUAUUAUAAAUUUAAAACAAGAUUUUCCACAUUUUCUGUGAAACACAUCCCAGUCUUAUACUUGAAGUAGUCAUUUUUAACAAUUGUUUUUUAUUUUUAACAUUAUAUCCCUAUUGUUUAACCUAUUUGGAAAAUAAGGAAAAAAUUUUUAAAUGUCAGAGAAAACUUUAAGAAUAUAAUUUGUUGCUCCAGACUGAAAUGUGUGUAAUACUUCAAAAGACAGCAAAGUUUCAUAGGUUCAUCUUGCAUUUUAUGAGCACAGUAAAGUACAAUACCUAACAUUAUGGAAGUGUAAUUAGUUGCACCCUUUUUAAGGGUAAUGAACAUAGAAUUAUAGUUUUUUAAACGUAUUAGAAUAGCAGACAGUCUUAGUUUCUAAACAUGUUUCCCAAAUUGUUCCAUUAUGUUGUUUUUUUACCUUGUGAAGAAAAAAGAAGUCGUAUUUAGAGAAGAUGACCAAUCCUGGUGACCAGAGUCCAGGUUCAUCCAAAUUUUGAGUGUAUUCAAAUGUAGCACACCCUUAGCCCUCAAUGUGUCUCAAGUAUUGUUAACCUGAACCAGGGCUCUAAGUGGUGUUACACUGAUACAGAGGUAAACAGAUUUUAACAAAGGUGUUUGAUUACAUCAGCCUCAUGCACUGAAUUCAACUGGUAAUUAUGGAUUUUUAGAAGUAGUUUGCUGAGAAAUUUUAGAAAGCUCUCUCAUAUAAUUUCUUGAAUAAUAGUGAAUUUUCCCCCAAUUCUGUCAAGAUCUGUUGAAUUUUAACUGUAGCUGGACAAAUUGAUGUUAAGAUGCUAAGUGUGGGGAAAAAAUUACUAAACAGUCAAUUUUCUGAAAGAAAUAUGCUGAAAUUCAGUAAAUAAGCUAUCAGGCUGACAUAUAACCUUUCAACUUAUUAGUCUAAUGAAUUUUGGGAUUUGAAAAUAUUUUAUGUGACAGAUAUUAAAAAUGCACUCUUCAGAGCAACAAUUGCUAUCAAUAUUUGAUAACAUAAGUAGAUUUUUAAGUAUUAAAUUUGCUCUAAUAGCAAAUACAAAAUUGUGAUGAUUUGCAUAAUUGUUAAAAAUGUCUGCUGUAAACAUGUGUCAUUUGAUUUUACUACUUCUUUCUUUCAGCUAAGACAAAUUUCUGAUUGCCAUAUAUAUUCAUAUAUACAAGGUUUUUUAAUGACAUAAAUGUAUGGAUAUGUUUUGGUGUCAAAUGGAAGCCAAUCAGCUUGGAUUUUCAGGUCAGAGUGCUACAAAUCACACCUGCUACUGUAAAAAAGAAAAAAGUUAAACUGGAAAGACUUCAGCUUAUAAGAUGUAUAAGACCAUGAUCAAGCAAAGUAAUCAAUCAAGUAACUAAGAUUAAAUUUGCAGACAACCAUGUUUCUUAAGUAAGGAAAUGAGAGACAAAUAUUUAGCAAAAGAUAAAGUGACGUGUCAGAUUUUUAUUUUCUUUUUAUUCCAGGCUGGAAUAGAAAUCCAGAAGGCUAUAAGAGUAAUAGGUAAAUUUCUAGAACCCAAAACCCCACAGAAAAGUUACAGAAUCACUUCUUCUCUCCCUAUGGUUUCAAAAGCUGUAUUCUGAUCCAGCUAACUUUCAAUAUACUGUGAAUCACCUAAACUCACCAGCAUUCUAGUAUGCAGUAAGAUGAGCUUACCUUGAAAAUUCAUGCAAUACAACAAAACUGAGUCUUCUAAAAACAAGCUUCUGACAUGGAUGUAAUGUCAGUAGUGUUUUAUCGUUUUGAAGGCAAGUGGCUAUGGCUUACAGUCUGUCCUACAGGACAUCAUAACAUUUUGUUUUCAGGACUGUGAAAUUCUCAGUGACUGAACAUACUGCUGGAUUGGCUCGAUGACCUGAUUCCCUCAGUGCUGGAAUUUGGAAGUUCUUUGCAAUGAUCUCAGUGGAAGGUGAAUGUGCACAGUCCUUCAUUUCAUUCCUCGUUUCAGAUUGUGAGUUGUGCUGUGUGUUAGAAGGCCUUAGGUCGAAUCAGACUGGUUUCUCAGCAGCAAGUCCUUAUAGUAAUAAUGAGCAAGCAUAUAUAAGAUAUAUGUAUUGUUACUACAAAUAUUGGUCAGUGGAUACACAGGAAAGUUUUAAAUAUACACUGAAUUUUAAUCCUGUAAGUAAUGUCUUUACCUCUGUAAGCACAGGAUCCAGUCAGCAUGGCUAAUCUUAGGCUGAAUUUUAACAAAUGUGAAAGUCUUUUGAUGGAACUGCUGGAAAGAGUGUUGUUCUCUUCAGAGAAGCUCCACACAAGGCUUGUAUGUAUUUCAUUCAGGAAACAUUGCUAAACAUGCUAAAAUUGCUUUGAAGAUAAACAAAGCAGGAGAGAAAUCUAAUCCAUAAUUAUGCAUAAGAAUCAUUACCAAAUCCUAAAAAAUAUACAUGACUCUAAUGCCUCACUGACAUUCUUGAAGAGUAAGGGCUGGAACGAAAUUGAGCCAAUUUUUUAUGAAGAUUUUAGGGUGAUCUGCAGGUAUCAGGCCUUAAGCAGUUCUGGAUAUAAAGAUCUUUGUUGACAGAAGAUGAAGCAUUUUUGGGCGUGUCCAGCCUGUGUAGUAAAUGAUGUGAUGCAGUGGAUAUAAAACAUCUGUGCUCCAUGCAUGCAUAAAGGCUGCCUACCUAGACCUACGCACCUAACUCACCUUAGUUUGCUUCCAGUCUGUAUAUGACAUUCAGCAUUGUGAGGUCUGUGCUUUUUUUGUGAUCUACUCUACAUGAACAACAAGCACAAACAGACUCAAAUAGCAAAUCACUGUGAAAGACAAUGAGCAAACUCAACCAACUGUGGAAGGGUAAAUUACAUGGGACUAGACAAAAUAGGUAUUGUGCUUUGGUACCACUGGCAAAAGAAGAUAAUUGCACCAGAAAAGAGAACUAGAAGAUGGGAAAUCACACCAGUUCUAUUUUCUCAACAAAUAUGUUUCAGACAUUCUGUUUAUUUUGUUUGCCAGCCCACAACAGUCUUGAGUUGCACUUCUCACAAGCUAACUAAUCAGGCAGUGAAGACAGAGAAUAAUUACCAUUCUUUUACAAUGGCUUACUCUGGAUGUUUUUAGGCUCUCUGUCAUGCACUGAGCUAUCAACAUUACUGCCUUUCUCAGUGUGGAAAGUAAGACCCAAACCAGAUAAAAUACUAACAGCACAUGCAUUGCUACCCCACUGAAUGUGAACAGGUAUCAGACAAAACUGGCAGCAGAUCCUUCUAAAGCAGUUUUCCUUUCAUUCCAUAGACAAUGUCCACAGCAGCUCUUGCUUAGUAUGAGAUCUCCAUUCCUUAGUGAAUCCUGUUGCCAGUUUCUUUGAGUGCCUCUUCCCAUAGGUCUAUAGUCACAGUGAGCAAGCAGACUGAGGCCCACAGAAAGUGUGAGACAUCCAGCAACAUACCUGUCUUUUAAGAAACAGAUCAAAUAAAAUUAAAGUUGCACUGAAAAAGCAUGAAUGUGGGGAUUUGUAGAGUUCAUGCAGGCUGAGAAAGAUAUGGGAAAUUGACACCACUGAACACAAUACAGAACUACUUUCUCUCUCUAGAUACUCGUGUUUGUUUCUCAGAAUAGGCUUUAAAAAAUCACGUAAUUUUCUCCCAUCUCUAAACAGGCAAGCUUCAGUUAAACAACCAGUAACUGUUUCUGAUUGUUCAAGAAUGGGACUCCUGUUGGCCUUGUAUUAUCUUUUUUAUUAGAUGCAAAAUAAAAUUCAGGGGAAGAAAGAAGUCUGUCAGUAAAAUAAUCAUAUUUCUUAUCUAAAUUCAAGGACCUUUAUUCUUAUUUUCUUUUUUGAUUUGUAAGUCCUCAUGCAGCAUCACUUUCUGGACAUGAUUCAAAAGGACCAUAAGAGUAUGCAGAUGACCAUGAGACUUAAGCAUGUGGUUAAUUUUAAGAGCAUCUUUAAUGUUUUAAUGCACUGGGGCUUUAGUGAAUAUGUUUUCAUUGCCUUUAGGAAUUGUCCCAAAGAGUGUGGGCUAUAGACAUCAGAGACCAAUUUGUGUGGCCUCUUUUGCAUCAUGUCCAUAGUGAGUGGACUGGCUGAGUAGUGAGUAGUCCACACUGAAAAUCUUGGAUUCAUUCUGAUUUGCUGUCUAAACCAAUAAAUCUUGGCCCAACUCUUCUGCUUCACCAUACUAUAUGCAGCCUGAGCACAGCACCUCAACUUACAGCCUGCCCAUGCUAUGCAGGGUCACUGUAUUUCCAUGUGACAUAAAGAAGCCAGAGUGGCUGAGGAUGCUGCGAUAGUAUUUCGAGGACUGUGAGGAUGAAAACAUAAAACCUGGUCAUGUCCUAAAAUCCGGACUCAAUGUGCCCUAGAGAGGGUCAGUCUCAGCCAUAUACCUGAUUUUCCUCUGAGGAAAGUAUUUGGUUCAUUCUAGGUGAGCCUGUGAGUAAUCACUGUGUGUGCAAAGUGGGAAAAAGAAGUGUCUAUGUGUAGGCUGACAAGGAAGCUUCUGACCUAUUUAAACCAGCAGUGAAAUUCAAACAAAUACUCACGUGUUUCCUUGGUCAAAACUAGAAUGUUGUUGAGAAGAGAGUCCAGGGGAAGUAUUUGUAUACCUACCAGCUGGUGGGCUUUUUCAUUAAUUUUGGCUGACAGUUCUGUUUUGGCUUUUUUUUUUUGUUUUUAAUAAAAGUGAUUUUACAAUGUUAGAAAUCAAUCAAUAUGAUUUAUAGAAGAUAGGUACUUUAUCUUAUUGUCUGCUUCUUGCUUGGGCAAUUCUUCUACCAGAGCUAGCAAGUGAUUUGGGAGAUUCCUAUGCUAGUAACAAAGGAUUGAGCCAAGGGUGAAACGGCUUGGGUAAAAAAAUCCCUGUCUUAUUCAUGGAUGUUUCCCUUCUAAUAUUUGAAUAUCUAGUUAUAGUGCUAUGGCCAAUUCUACAUUUAGAGAAUCAAUGUAAAAAGCAUACUGGUUAGAUAUUCUCAUAAAAGGUACAGAAAUACCAAUAAAUUGAUUAAAUAAACCAUGUAGUGGUAAUUUUAAUUCAUGGUACUAUUGCUACAGAGUGAUACAGAUGAUAAAACCAUCAACUCGUGAGAAAUAACUUGGCCUAGAGACAUUAUCCUGCAGUUUUCAUACUGGAGAAACUGGAGUUCUGAAAUGGAGUAACGCCAUUACUCUAUUGCAAAGGUAAUUAAUUGGCAAUCUUUUGUGUCACCAUAUUCUCUACACAAUUAAUUGAAAACAAGUCUCCGUACAGUGAAUAGUUCAGAGAUCGCUCAUGUGGCAGAGAGCCUCUCACCCCCAGGUUAACAGCCUGAAUUACGAGUCAGUUGGUUCAGACCACUGUUUGGCAGCCUCUAGUAGAUGAUUCUGUGGUCUCAUGUUUUUCAUUGCUGCUUUCAGCCAAGGAAGGCAAAGAACUGAGCUGAGACUCAUCUGACACCCUCUGUAAUGCACACUCACCAGGGUGGCUUAAGACACUCUCACUUCUGUAGCCUAUACUCUGCCUGUUUAUGAUAAUGCAGAAAACUUUACUGUUCCAAGUAAUAAGAGAAUUAGCUUUAUUUUUUGGUGUGGUGCCAGUCUGUACAAAUAAAUUAUUGAUACUUGGGGGAACUCCUCGUUAACAUUCCUAAGUAAAUAAUUAGCAGGAAAAUAAUUUAAUCCUUGCAAAUUGGCAGCAAAAGCAACUGUUUGUUAUUCUUUAUUAUUAAUUAGUCCAGUGGAAAAGAGGAUUUGAUGAAACUUUAUCCCCCUGCUUUGAUAUAGCCUGUUUGGAUCCAGAUACAGAAACAUGUCUGCUAGCAAAAUUUGGAAGAUAUAUGGUAAACCAACAGAUAUAUCUAUAAAAAGUUGGGGUAAAUUUCCUAUAGAACCUUGAAACUAUAAAUAAGUGCUUCAGCAGUCACCAGAUGGAAAAUGUUCCCAUCAAUCCAUUUCUUUACAAUAUCAUAAGAAAAGCCAGCCUUAUAUAUGCUGUUCGGCAAAUAAAUUAACUACAAAACCUACAUUUUCUUUGCCACUUUGUAACACACAUUAUAAGAGUUGAGAUUAAAAAGUUUGGAAAGGGAACUCCCUUGGUGCAAUUUAAUGUUUUAAAGAAUCAAUGGAUAUACCGAAAACAAGCAAGUGAGCAGCUUUUCCAUCUAUACAAAAUCCUAAUGUGCCAAACUGUUUCCAUUGAAUGAACAAAACAGUUAAGUAUACGGACUUUUUAUUAGGAUUUGCAAAAUCUUCUAUUAACGCACUGUAAUUUUGCACUAUUUUGUAAGAAAAUUUAAAAAAAAAGGAAAAAUAAAAAAGGAACUGAAAAAGAAACGGAAAAAAAAUCUAAAAAUAGAUGCCAAAUGUAUAGUUUGUAAAAUACUAUUUUUCUUAUAUAAGGUGUCAUCACAUUGUGAAUCUGUGUUAUUGUAAACUGUGAAAAAUGUGAUGUUCUGUUGUGACACAGCCUAUGAAGGGCCAUUUCUAACACAGAUUAUUCACCUGGACUUGUUUAUAUGAAACAUAUUCAUAAAUUUGAGAUCACUUUUAUACUUAUUUUUUGUAGACUAUUUUUCCACAUUUGCAACACAACUGUUAUUUUAUAUCAAACAUUAAUUUUGCUUUAAAAUAUUAUUUGAAUAGGUGGGUGAGUGUCUUAAAUGUGCCAGAGAUUCAAAACUGUAACAGAGAGAAUUCAGAAACUAUUCUUUGCCAAACUGUAGUGCUACAAAAAUCAAUGUUGUUUUGUUGAAGAAUAGGCACACUGUCAAUAAACAUAAGUUUCUAGUCCAAUAAUGAUGACAAUGUUACAUUUUCUAGGAUAAAUGCCUGGUAGUUACGAGCUGCAUUUCCCUGCUGUCUUUGUGUAUGUUGAGGAAACAAAACUGUGUGCCAUAGCUGAACAUCUUAGAUGUUCAGUCACUUAAAUAAUGUGCCAUGGAUUUGACCUCCGAGGUACUUUAAUGAGAAUUAGGAGAAAAAAACCAAGCUGUUUGUCCUGAUUCAAAGUCAGUUUCUGUGUUGGGUCACAUGAAAAUGGGGUGGUUGUCAAGGCAGGACUGGGACAAUCUCAGCAGAGAUGGUAAGUUCUGUACAUAGAAACACGGGGACUACAUGUAUUGUGUUAGUGCAAGAUCAGGACCAAAGUCCCUUUCUUGUACAUUUGAACUUACACACAUAACAUUGGGUGAGAUCUGAUAGGAACCCUCUCUUCAUGUUCUCAGCUAAUGAUAUUCCUUGUACUGAUGUUUAUGUGUUUUAUAUAGUAUAUAUAUAUAAUGCAUAAAUUCAUGUGUAAGAAAGACUAACCACGGGAAAUUGAAUUUUAAUAAAAAUAAUGGAAACCACUCUUACCUGCAGGCACAUUUUAAGAUGCCAUGUUGAAAGAUCUUGUAAAAAGCUGUAUUUUUAAUUUAUUAGUGAUUGUAUAUUUUGCCCCAUGAUCUAGACAUUUUAUAUCAGGGAGUCUACUAAAAACUGGUUUUUUGUUCCCUUUGAACACUACCAUCACCCUGAGAUGCAUCUGAAAAAUGUAGAGGUCAACCACUGAUGUUCUGUGGUAUUUUUUUAAAUAUGAUGUUGUCGUUGAACUUUCUUCUGAUUACCUAUAACUAUGUUUAGAGUUUUCAACAUAAUUUACCUGCAAACUGAAGAUACCUACCGAAUGAAACUACAGGUAACCAUAAUUAUUUCAAAGACUUUCACCAUUUAUGUGAAAUUAAUGUUUCAGAACACUGAUUCCAAGACAGUUAACAAGCAGCUCAUUGACUCUUAUUUAUUGAGCACUGGAAUUCUCCCUAAAGGAUAAACACUGAAUCAUGUAAAUAAUAGUGCUCUAUAUAAGCCUAACAAAAUAUUGUAAUAGAUAUAUUUAAAAUAAAAAGAGAACAUUCCAAGUGUA